CGUAUAACAGUCGCAGAUUAGAAAAGUGAAAAGAGAUCAUUGUUUUUUUAUGUUUUUUAAUUCGUCAUGACGGACAAAACAGUAUUAACCAAUACUAUUGAAAAUGCCACCGAGCUGACGGCCCGUAUAAAAACAUUAAAUAAAAUUAUUGUACAAAUACAAAACGCCGAGAGUACGGCGGACAACUCGGACGAACUGGAAAAUCUGAAAAACAAUUUGAAAGACGCUGAAAAACAACUUGCGGUAGCCUUGAACGAGUUAGGUUCGGUACUGAAAAUAGACUUGGACGACUUCAAAUGCAAAACGACUGGACAAACUAGUACUAGUACGAGAGAAUGUAUUGCCGUUCGGCAACCGUCGACAGAGGGCAAAUUUGACGACACUGGUGAAAGUGCAUAUGAACAUUUAGCCGCCUUAGGCCAUUUAGAUAGUAUGGACAAAGAAGAAAUUUCGAAUGAAGUUAUCGAAAACGUUAUAGGCGAAUUAAAAAUCAAAAUGAAAGUGGCAGAAAAGCAUAACUCCAAACUUCGGUGCAAGUUAGACGAAGAAAAUAGAAAGAGUUUCAAGAUGGCCAAGAUGUUACGCAACAGAACGCCAUUCAGCAAAAUGAAAACUGGUGAAGUGGUAUUCCCGGGGAAAAAACAAAUGGAAACCAAAAUUGACAUAAUGACCAACGAGAUAAAGCGACUGAGACAAGAAUUUUACAAACUCCAGAUGGAACAUUGUCGUCUAGAACUGGCUAGAAACGCAAUGAUAGCCGCCGACUGUCCCGAACCCCCGGGAGAUGAUGACGUACAUGUUAAAACCGACAACAUUCUACAGCUCAAUGUAUUUUCUCAGAAAUUACAAGACAAUUUCUACGCCACGCUAGAAGAAAUAUCCAAGUUCCGGGUAAUGUUGGACGAUACAAAAAAUGAAUUAAGCUUCAACAACAAACAACUAUCUAAUGCAAAAGCGGAAAUUUCAGAAAAAUCUAAGGAAUUGACUGCGUUUAAAAAAUUGACCGAAGACCCUAGUAGCAUGAUACACGUUUAUAAUAAUGAGUUGAAAGACGCUAAAAAUCGCGUGGAAGGAUUGGAAAAGAUUAUCGAAAUGCAAAAAUGCGAAAUGGAAGCUAAAAACGAGAAAUAUAUGGAAAUGCUACAGAGAAAAGAAUUGAAAAAAAUUCAAUCCAACGAGCUGUGUCAAGAAAGAUGCAAGCGGGAAGUGGAAAACGAACAACAAUUUGAUCGUGUUAGGGAGUACUUUGAUAAACGUUUAGAGAGUAUAAAACAUUUCCCUAUUGCCUUCCAAGCCGCUAAAGAACAACUAUUUGAGCAAAAAGAAUUGAAAAAGGAAACGGAUAGAAAAAUUGAAUGUUUGAACGAUCUACUCAAAAAGAUAGUAUGUAUCGUUGCAGUAAAUGUUAACUAAACGACAGUAAUACAUUUUUUUUCUUGUAUGUGAUACAGAGAGACAAAAAGAAAAACAUGCACACGGAUAAGUUGAAGACUCCCGAAGUUUUGGCAAUGGAAGCCAAAAAUGCCGAAAUGAAAAAUGAGUUAAAAAAA